UUGGCUGGCCGGGACUUUCCUUACACGCCAAAGGAACUUCCUUUUCUUAUUGGAGGUGUAGCAUUCCAGCAUAGAUCAACGUUUUCAAAGAGCAGCAUCCGGAUGUGGCAUCCUGUAGAAAAGAUAGGUCGACUUGAAUAGCCAGUUUCCCCGUUCUAUCAGAGGCUGAUAGCUGACGAGCUUUAAAAGCUCAAUUUGUGUAAAGAAGAGGCAGGAAAUAAAGGCUAGAAUAAACUGGGACUGACAUCUCACUCUGCUGCCCAGAGGAAGUCUGCAAAUGCAGCAGCUACAAGAGAAAGAGGAGGGGUAAACGAGGCUCCAAUUGCAGGAAUAGGCCCUCCCUGCCAAGCCGUCACUGCCGGCAGCCGCCCUUCCUGGUUUUGCAAAAAAUUUAGCCGAUCCAAUCUUUUUCGGCAGCUGCCCUGCAGGCACAAAGAAAGAAGCCUGGAAUCUCCCAUUUUCUUUCUUUUGUCUCAUGGAAUAUGCCAGCUCACCAACUUUGUGGCCCUACUGCUGCUCCAUGGAAGACAUCUGUUGAACUGAACUGGGCCAGACUAGUUAAGGCUGCUGCCAACAGCACUAUUGAUACAAAGCCAGGGCCUUUUGUCUCCAAUCCAUCCAAAGCACCGUCAGUGGCAAUAGCAUAGUCAGCCUCAAAUUUCUGCUGCCACCACCUGAGAUACCAGGUCAUGUUUCCACAGCCCCUGUUCCUUUAGUGAUAAGAACUAAAGAGAUGGGGGUGUCUUCGGUGCGUCGGACGACCUUGUCUGUCAAGAAUCGUUCUCGUGGUACUGGUAACUCUAUGCUGCUGCCUUCCAUGUUGAUGUUUGGUGUAAUUGUGGCAUCUAGUGGCUUACUCCUCAUGAUUGAGAAGGGAAUUUUGGCUGAGAUAAAGCCUCCACCCCUCCACCCCUCUGCUAAAGAAAUGUUUUGGAGAACUGGCAGUAGGAGAUCAGGAGGAGAUACGGAUUAUCAAGUGCUGCAGGACAUCCGAAAUAGGACAAUCCAUACCAUUUGCAGACAAAAAAACAUGCCUCGCACCAUUUGGGAUCUAUCAGCAGGCCAGAGGAGGACAGUGCUCAAGCAUAUCCUGGUUAGUGAUAAACAUCGCUUUUUAUACUGUUAUGUUCCCAAAGUGGCUUGCUCCAACUGGAAACGAAUUUUGAAAGUUUUAGAUGGCACGCUGGAGAAUGUAGAUGUUAAACUUAAGAUGGAUCAUAAAAAGGAUUUAGUUUUUUUAAAUGACAUGAAACCAGAUGAGAUUCGUUAUCGAUUAAACCACUAUUUCAAAUUUGUGUUUGUCAGAGACCCAAUGGAAAGACUUUUGUCUGCUUACAGGAAUAAAUUUGGUGAGAUUAAAGAAUAUCAGUUAAAAUAUGGUAUAGAAAUAGUCAAAAGGUAUAGGAAAAACCCUGGAAAAACCCUGGGUGAUGAUGUCACCUUUUCUGAAUUUGUCCGGUAUCUCAUAGAUGAAGAAAUAGAAAAAAUGAAUGAACAUUGGAUGCCAAUUUACAACCUGUGUCAACCCUGUGCUAUAAAGUAUGAUUUCAUAGGAUCCUAUGGGAGACUUGAAGAAGAUGCCAAUUUUGUUCUUGAAAGGAUACAAGCACCAUCCUUUAUACAUUUCCCAGAAAGGCAAGCAUGGUAUAAGCCUGUAAGUUCGGAAACUCUGCAUUAUUACAUGUGUAAUACUCCAAGAGAACUUAUAAAAGAGCUAUUACCAAAAUACAUUCUGGAUUUUUCUUUAUUUGCAUAUUCCCUUCCAAAUGUUACUAGUCAGUUUUGCCGACAAUGAAAGUUUCUUUUGUGAAGCAAACUGUAUCCUAUGCAAUUUUUCUAAUUUCAUGGUUUCCUUUUAAUACUUUUGAUAACAUCAGCUUACUAUACAUGCCAUCUUUUAAAAAAUAGCUUUAAAUUUUAUAUAUAUACCGUUGAACUAAGCACAGCAUGAUUAUUUGAAGAGUGUUACUUUUGGGUACAUUAGAAACAAGGCAUUUUUGUAAUUCCAAAAUAGCAACUGUAGGACAGUAAGUUUUAAGAAGUUUGUAAACUGGGGGGGGGGGAUGGGAUAUAAAGCAAUAGCAAAAACUAGUACAGAGGAAUCAGAAAAACCUGCUGUGUGUGCACCAUUUCACUUUUAUUGAUACAAAUGUGAAGGCAGCCGUUUCGCACAAUAUUGCAUUAAAGUACAAUAACAGGACUUUUAAGAUAGCUAAUGUAGCUAUUAAGGCAGAUAGCAGCCCUAAUAUUUUUGAAAGCAAGUCACAUACUGUUUGUUAGACAUACUUCCAUAUAACAAGUAGAUCAGGAUUUAAAAUAAAUACAAUUUACAUAAUUGCUUAAAAUAUUUAUCAAAGCUUAUAUGAGCACUGAAAUAUAGGAAAGGCCAUUAAUAAAAUUGGGUUGAAAUGAUCAGCAAAAUUUGAUUAUCUAAAAUGCUUCACAAUGUUUUGAAGGGAAGAGUAGGAAGGGUGAAAGUAUGAGUUUGUAUAUGCAAUUCAAAUGUGUAGCUAUAUGUACUUUAUGUUCCCAUAAUGGACAUUGUAUUUUUCUUAGUAUGAUAGUUUUGUAGGCUACCAUGACUUUUUUAUUUCCUUAUUGAAUGUAAAGUUGUUUGUGCUUUAUUUGUGAAAGAAAAUACCUUUUGUAAUCUUAUCUCAGGAUUUACUUCUUGUAAACUGUUACAAUUUUAGCAGCCUGGUUAUUCAGAUCACCUGUUAAAUCAUCUGUUAAAUUCUGAUUAUCUACCUGAAUCCUUGAUAUGAUCAUUUCAUUCCCUAGAAAGAAUAAAGCAAUUUACACGACUUGCAUGUUGGACAGUAUGUAUAUAUGCAUCACUGAACUGUUUUUACCACAGAAACAAGACUAUUGUCAGAUACAAUAGUAGAGGAUACUGUAUCAUAUAAUAUUCAAUAUUUUGUGCACAGACUGGAGGACUCCCAUCUUUUGCUUCAAACAUGAAAAAGUCUUAAGAUUAACAAACUCAAUAGCUUUAAUUUUGAGAUGAUUAUACUUUUUCCAUUAAAAAAAGUGUAUUUACUUGGAAUUGUAUUUUGCCUUUUACUAUGAAUUUUUAAAGUAAAAAAUAAAAAACCUAACAUAAUUUGAAA